ACUCUUGUAGGUGUGCGUGUGUCUGUAUGUGUGUCGCGAGCGUUCCGCCGUUUGGAUCUUGUGAGUGAACGAGUGCUUUGGCGGUUUCUUCUGUGCUUUCCGCUGGAUUUACCGCUUGUGGAAUACGUGUGCACCAUGUCGGAUGAUGCUAACCACAACAGUGACACGAACGAGUUGAUGGAGAUACCAGAAAUCGAGCUCAUUAUCAAGGCUUCCACUAUCGAUGGACGAAGGAAAGGGGCAUGCCUUUUUUGCCAGGAAUAUUUCAUGGACCUCUACCUCCUUGCAGAAGUGAAGACAAUUUCAUUAAAGGUGACAACAGUAGACAUGUUGAAGCCUCCUCCAGACUUCCGCUCAAAUUUCGACUCCACUCCGCCACCCAUCCUUAUUGAUCGUGGCCAGGCCAUUUUGGAAAAUGACAAGAUAGAGCGUUAUAUCAUGAAGAACAUCCCAGGCGGCCAUAACCUCUUUGUUCAGGAUAAAGAGACUGCGACUGUGAUUGAAAACCUUUACCUUAAAUUCAAGUUGAUGCUGACCAAAAGGGAUGACAACUCAAAGAGGUCCCUGUUGAACCAGCUAAAGAGCAUAAAUGAGCAUCUGGGCAGGCAUAAUGAGCGCUUCCUCACUGGCAACACCAUGGUCUGCUUCGAUUGCGAGCUAAUGCCACGUCUACAGCAUAUCAGAGUUGCUGGUCAUUAUUUUGCCGAAUUUGAAAUUCCAACCAACUUGGAACACAUCUGGCGUUACAUGGGUCACAUGUACCAGUUGGAUGCCUUCACACAGUCCUGCCCUGCAGACCAGGACAUCAUUAACCACUACAAAUUGCAGCAGGGAACGAAGAUAAAUAAGCACGAGGAGCUGGAGACGCCCACCUUUACCACCUCCUUGCCUGCAGGCUUAGAACUCAACUGCAUUCAUUGAGUAUACUUCUUUGUUUUUUGUCUCUCAUUUCUUUAUUCUUGCACAGAAAAAAAAAAGUAUCUAGACAAGUAGUAGCAUGGGCAAGAGAAUUACGUUGCGGAACAGUUGUGUUGCAGGGCGCUGAAGAUGUGUCUGCUUGGGUGGCAGGCGACCGAGGAAUAUGUCGUCUGCUCCUUAAGUGGGCAUUUAGAGUUAGAACAGUGGACUGCUACGCAUUUGUACUGCAGUUAAUAUAUCCUUGGGUCCCGUGUCGGACGGAAGGUGCAGAUAAGUGCCACGCAUGUUUGCAGACCAGAAGGCAUUGCUGUGUUGUGGAGCUUGUUGGAUUUAGUGUACCAUUUCAAGGCUUUAGCAUUUACUGUGGCUUAUGAUUGGUUUGUCACAGCAGAGUGUCUGUACAUGCGACGGACGUGUGAAAACAUCAGUGAAAGACCUGGUGCUUUGCCUAGUGUUGAUGCCAUGAGUACCUUGCACUUGUAUCUAGAAACCAAGAAACGUGUUCUGACUUUUUUUUUUAAAUCUAUUUUUUGGAGACCUGAAUACAGCUGAAGCGUAUUUCUUCUGUCUUCUCUGAGCAAAAUGCAAGAGUUUGAAGCAGUUUGCUGUGUAUGUAACCUACCAAUUUUUGUGGACUUCAGCAUAAUUGCAGUUUCCCCGUUUCCAGUACCACAAUAUGCUGAGGCCAGUAAACCAUUUUCUAUGCAUUCCCAUUGGCACGCCGGUACACUUCGGGAAAUCUUGUGUAGUUUAAAAGAGGUACGGCAUUGGACCUUCUAUUAAUAUUGCCAUUGUGUAUCUUUUAUUCUGGCAGCCACAGAGUACAGAUUUCUGAACAUCAGCCGUAGCGUCUGUUGUCAGUGCAUUAGUAAUGCGAGCCUGUAUUGACAUUUACUUUUGUACUUAAUAAAUACAGAAAGUAGGCCUUAAGACAAGAAAAGCUUGUUUUUGUUUCACCCGGUAAGUGUUAGUCUGUUGAAAGCAUGUGCUAAAGAGCUUCCUUCUCUGUUAACAUUUAAAUAAAAAAAAUCCCUUUUAAAAACAUUGUCACAUGGAAAAUGUAUUUGUGUGGCACAUAAUAAUCACUACAUUGGAAUUGUUAUUGUUCCUGCUUAUUUAUGUUCUUGUUUGUCCCAGAUACCUAGUAUGCAAUAACUGGAGCGGUCACUGUGUAGUUCAGGUUAUUACUAGCAUAUUGAAAAACUUGGUUUAUCUAAACUGGAAAUAAGAACCUGCCUCUGCAUGUGCAUUUAUUUACCGUAAUCAUUUUCUUCUUUUUUUUUUUUGCAUUCUCAAGGUGCUACUUUGCAGUGACGCCUGUGAUCACAUCUUAUUUUGCCUUGCGGAACCAGUCAGUGCCUAGGGAUUGAUACGAGUACAUACGCGGCUGGCAAAUCCAGUGUGUGUGUGUGUGGGACACCUAUGGCAGAAACAAGGGCUUCUGCAAUAGUGUGCAAAAAAACACUUAUUAACCCGAGAUAGCUUCUGAAUCCUGCUGCAUGCAUAAUACCUCUGUGUGUUACCCUUAAGCAAAGAACCAUGGUUUUGGUGGACAUUUCUGUUGCAUGGCAAGCAGUGAUUAGCACAUUUUAUAUUCGUGGAAAAUGCAUGAGCACGGCAUUGAUCCAACCCGUCUGCAAAGUAACUGCCUGUCAUGAAGCUGGUGGCCACAGUUACUAAUCAGGACUAGUCUGCACUAGCUUGGUCACCAUGUUGUCAGAGCCUUGUACUUUAAGUGCCAUUACUUAACAUUCAAGUAGCCCAGUAACGUUACGAGCACGUGCACCGUUUCUCCUGUACAUAUCUCUUGGUUUCCGAACCGGAAGGUGCUUAAGGGUUUUCCUGUUGCGCAUGUUGCUUGGAAAACCAGAAGGUGACAUUUCCUCGUGUCUUCCUCCAUUAUAUAACUGUUAACUGAUGCCAUCCAUAGUUGUUGUGGCUGUGAUAAACAAAAGCUAUUUGAGAGCCACCUGGUACCAUUGUACUUUUAGCCACAUAACUUUUUCCAGCAAACAAAUUUGGAGUGUUAGACACUCUGGGGGUUACAUAAUGUAGCUGCACAGGGUUUCAAUUCUGGCUUGCAAUGCUAAGACCUUUCUUUUGUAACAGACUGAAAAGAAUAAAAGUGUUUCUCAACAUGUUGUGACUGUAAGAGAAGCGUGUGGUUGGUUUUGCACUUCCGGCAUCCUUGAAACUGUUCUCGUGUCUGUCAUACAGAUAGAGACUGAAUGCCCCUGUGCUGUCAUGGACGGCACAGUCUUUGGUGUGUCUAUUGCAGGAUGUGUAAACUCUGAUGUGCGAACACCAUAACUUAUGAGAAAGAAUAUUUUGUAUCCUUUAAAAUGCAAACUGUUACUUCUGCAAAAGUGUGUAGUGAGUAAUAAAGUUUUAAAGUGAAA